UAAUUAUUUGCACUGUAAAAAUCUGCUUUGGAGGACACAGCAAUGGCUCAUCUUCACUUCUGCUGGUUUUAGUUUUGUUUUUGGUGAUUUCAUUUGAAGUCAGGAUGUGGGCUGACUACUGGCUUUAAAGAAGACAUUGAGACAGGAUGGAGAUCACCUCACUCUGCCUAAUGCUCUCCGCACUGAACAUCUAUCCCAACAGAUCUCAGUUCUUCUGGUAUGACUCCAUCACUCUGACCUGUGCAGUGGCGGGAUACUCUUGUGGCUGGACAUUCAAGAGAAACACCUCCUCUCAGACUUCUGAACCAUGCAGCUCCGGCUGGGGGAUACCACAUGAGUCCUCCUGCACCAUUGAGGAUGCCUAUCCAGCAGACACUGGAGUGUACUGGUGCGAGUCUGAGCACGGGGAGCGCAGCAACACCGUUAACAUCACCGUGACUGGUAACUCCAAAUAUGGUGUUGUGAUACUGCAGAGCCCUGCUCUUCCUGUGACAGGAGGCGAUAACGUAACACUUCUCUGUUCCUACAAAGAAGAAAACCACAGAAAACCCACUUCCGAUUUCCCUGCAAAGUUCUACAAAGGUGAUGUUUUCAUUGGGACUGAACCUGCAGGAAACAUGAGCUUCUUGACUGUUUCCAUGUCUGACGCAGGUUUCUACAAGUGUGAACACCCAACGAAGGGAGAGUCACUACAGAGCUGGCUGGCUGUUAGAGCAGUCAGAGAUGAUCCUCCUCCUCUUCUCAUGUCUGUGCCCAGGCUGGUGUGUACCAUCCUGCUGAUUGUCCUCUACACUGUCAUGCUUAUAGUGUGUGUGAAUGUAUACAGAAAGUGGGCUAAAGCUCGAGCUGAAGCAAAGAAAAGAGCUUCUGAUCGUCCCUUAUCAGAGCAAUGAGUCUUGUUUCCUGCUGGGAUGAAGAAAAAGAGCAGCUGUACAUGUUGUCACUUUUAAUAUGAUGUUUAUAUAUGACCAAUAUCUCCACAGGGUGAAUUUUUGUUACAACCGUGACCUUAAAACCUGAUCAUCAUGUAAAAGAGGAAUAAGAGAUUUCUUUGAACAUUGCUUUUCAGAAAUGCAUGAGACUGUAUUUUUGGUACGCCCAAUAACCAAAUGCUAAUGUCAGAAUGCAAACAUGCUUACAAUGACAAUGUUAACAAGGUACAAAGUAAUUUAUUUAUCAUUUUGCAACACAAGGUUGUAUAAUGGAAUGAAAGUUUGUAGUCCCUUCAUGCUACACACAGAACAUAAUUCAAUUCAAUAAAAUGUUAUUUAUAUAGUGGCAAUUCAUAACAGAAGUUAUCUCAUUGCACUUUUCAUAUAGAGCAGGCCAUGCCCUUACUCUUUAUUAACAGAGACCCAACAAUUCCCACCAUGAGCACUUGGCGAUGGAGGCAAGGAAAACCUUCACCUAUUCAGGUGAAGAUAGGGCCAGAGUUAUCAAGCCAGUGUGUUGUAGAAAACAGGAUGCCUUAGGGAAGUGUAGUAAGUCCAACUUUAUUUUCCAUUAUGAUAAAUGAUAUGUUUGUAAAUAUUCCAAUGGAUAUGGGAAGAACACUGUUUGCAGAUGACAGGGCUGUGUGGAAAAGAGGGAGAAAUGUUGAACACAUAGUUAAGAAAAUGAUAAGGAUUGGAAUGGGGAUCUGAUGUUGCAUCUCUGAAAUAUAUUUAUGUAGCCUUAAUAAGAUCAAGACGGAAGUAUCGUAUACGGAUCAGCAGCAAAAUCUAUGCUAGCAGACCUGGAUGUUAUGCAAGCCCGGGCUCUAAGACUGCACUCCAAGACGAAGCAGGGGUUAUGUCAUUGGGGUUAUGUCGAAACAGCUGGUGGCCAAUUACUGGGAUAACCUCCAACAAAAAGGGUGCUGCAGACAUGUUCUACUCUCACAAUAAGAAUAUCCCACUGUAGUUUUUACCUAUAUACAGUCAGGCUGCUCCUGGCUCAUUCUCAGAUGAGGUACCUCUAGAGUGUUUUGGAGCUUCUCACUACACUCUCCAAAGGUGCUCCACUCGGGUUAUCAGGCCCGAUCUGAGCCAGAUUAGCUUAACCACUGCUCCUCUAUCGUCAGCCACAACAAUACUGUCUCAGCCUCCAGCCAUGUCAGAUCUUCUUCCUUCGUUUGUGCUCCUUUAACUCUCAAGAAUAUGAGGUGCCCUCCAUCGUGAUUGGCCUGGAAAACCUCUUGCCCCAACUUCCACUAGUAGGCACUUCACCUUCCAUCUGUUGUCAGUGCAUUCCUCUACCAGUGUAUUUUGAGAGCUUUUGCUCAAAAGGUUUCUUCCGUCCUCUCUUCCCAUGGGACUGUCAGCAUAGAUUGCUAUGGCAGCAUGCAAGUGUAAAGGUAGCAGAGAAACCUCACAGCCAUAAACCAUAUGUUUGACCGAGAUGAGCUUCUAAUGACGAUGGGAAUGUCAUGAGUUUGACAAAAAAAAAAAAAAAAAAAAAAAAAGAGGGAUUGU